UGUCGCUGUCGUAAAACGUAAACAGUUUACGGCGUACCGUAUUCCAGUCAGUCCAAAGAGACUACACGUGAGAGGAGGAAAACAGCCCGUUAAAUGACAGAGGAAAGUCCUUAAUGAAGCGGCUGUGAAGUUUUCUGUGGUGUUCAGUGUAGCAGCAGCGGGACACCGAGUCGGUGCGCAGAGAGAAGCCAGCAGGAUGCUGUAUCUGAUCGGCCUGGGUCUGGGAGACGCGGCGGACAUCACGGUGAAGGGUCUGCAGGCGGUGAGGAGCUGCUCCAGAGUCUACCUGGAGGCCUACACCUCCGUCCUGACUGUGGGGAAGGAAGCUCUGGAGGAGUAUUAUGGGAAGGAGCUGAUCGUGGCUGACAGAGACCUGGUUGAACAGGGGGCUGAUGAGAUCCUGAAGGAUGCAGAUGUGACUGAUGUGGCGUUCCUGGUGGUGGGUGACCCGUUUGGAGCCACCACCCACAGUGACCUGGUCCUGAGAGCAGUGAAUGCUGGGAUACCAUACAAAGUCAUCCACAACGCUUCCAUCAUGAACGCAGUGGGCUGCUGUGGUCUGCAGCUGUACAAUUUCGGGGAGACGGUGUCGUUGGUGUUUUGGACAGACAUAUGGAGACCGGAGAGCUUCUACGACAAAAUCUGUAAAAACAGAACGGCUGGACUGCACACGCUCUGUCUGCUGGACAUCAAAGUCAAAGAGCAGAGCUUGGAGAACAUGAUGAGAGGAAAGAAGAUCUACGAGCCUCCCCGCUUCAUGACGGUCAGUCAGGCUGCAGACCAGCUGAUUCAGAUCAUCCAGAGGAGAAGGGAGGAGGGGGCGGAGCUAGGUGUGACAGAGGACACAGUGUGCGUGGGCGUGGCCCGGCUUGGCGCAGACGACCAGAUGAUCCGCACCGCGACAUUACAACAGCUGGUGUCAUGUGACCUUGGCAGUCCGCUGCAUUCGCUGGUCGUCACAGGGCGACUCCACCCACUGGAGGUGGAGAUGUUGAGAGUGAACGCGGAACCAAACGCACUUCAACACCUGCACACGAUCGACAGCUCCACCUACUGGUCGUAACGCUAGUGUCUUUAUCUGUGCUUGUGAGAACCGUCAUGGACAUAAAGCGUUCCUGAGUCCGUAAUAUUAACCUGAUUCUAACCUGAACCUCAAACAAACCUUUGGAGUGGUGAGGACCGGUCCUCAUAAUGCAGGAGUGUCCUCACAACAACAGUUUAAAAUUGGUCCUCAGAAAGACAGCAACACAGACUUGCAGGACGCUGCUGCUUUUCAACAGAAUUAUUACGAUAAAAAACAUUUAUGAGCCUUAAUUCUCUUUGUGUCCUGAAGAAACAAACAUGAACCAGGCGAAACACGCUGAUUCGUAGAAACUGGGAAAUUCUGGGAAACUGUCCAAUGUGAUGUCAUCAAUAAAGAUGGAGAUCCAUAAUCA